AUUUCAUUACAUAGCUACGAAAGCGGCAAGACUUUGUCGGAAGAAUUAUCGUCUUCUUCUUCGAGCAGAAAAAAAAGGUAGUUGAGCUGAAUUUCAGGAUCUUUUUAUGGCGACACAGACGAGACCCAGUUCGGUCAAGAGCGAGAAACGCGAUGGAUCUUCUUCUCUUGCUUCCAGAGUUAAGAUCGAUCCGUCUUUUAAGGACAAGAAGAAGAUCGCAGGCACAAGCAAACCGAUCAUGUCGGAUACUAAACCCAGAUCCUCUGCUUCCACCGCCACGGCCAAAUCUGAGGCAAAGCCCAAGAACGUUGUAAACUCGGUGAAAUCCACAUCAACAACAUCUGCAGCAGCGAGCUUGGUGAAAGGUAAAGCCAAAAGAGAGAAGAAGGUUUAUUCGUUAGCCGGACAAAAAUAUGAUCCUCCUGAAGAGAGAGAGCCCUUGAGGAUAUUCUAUGAGUCAUUGUCGAAACAAAUACCCGGAAGCGAAAUGGCAGAGUUCUGGCUGAUGGAACAUGGAAUGUUGUCUCCGGAAAAGGCGAAGCGAGCUCAUGAGAAAAAGCUAAGAAAGAUGAAGCAAAUCCGAACGGGAACACCGGCUAAACCGACGCCAUCAUAUUCUAGUAAACCGGAGAGUUCUCAAAGACCAUCUGCGUCCAAGAACAACGGUUCAGAUGCGAGAAAGAAGAAAAAAGUCGCCGAUGAUAAUGACGAUGAUGAUGAGUUCAUCCUAAGCCCCAAGAGAAGGAAAGUGUAAACUGUGAAAUUUUAAAAGACUCAUUUCGUCAUUUGGGAAAAAUUAUCCAAUAGUGGAUGAUCAGAUCAAGAACCUUUAGUUAUUUCUUAGUAUUCAUCGAAUAAGUGACGGAAGAUCGUUCAUGUAAGAUUCCUUAUAACGUUGUUUGUGUAGAAGCAAAGAAACAUGACACACAGCUUUAGUAGAUUCCUAACCUAACA